UGGUGCCAGUGUCAUCAUGGCACACUGGUCACAUGGGGCAGAGCGAGACCAAAGGCUUGGGCUCUUAAGCUGCCCUCUAAUGUCAGGGCUGACAAAGAUGCUUGACUCUCCACCGGACACACUUCAAUGUCCAUGCUACCGCGGGGGCUCGACGUGGUCCUCCACCCUGGAUGCUGUCUAUGCCUCUUACACCUCCUAUUGAGCUUGACCUGGAAUCGAAAAUGAACUGGGCGUCCUUUUAUGCCGUCAUCAGCGGUGUAAACAGACAUGCUACGGGCAUCGGACGCAUCUGGCUCUCGGUCCUCUUCAUAUUCCGUAUUCUAGUCCUGGUGGUCGCAGCGGAGAGUGUGUGGGGCGACGAGAAGUCCGGCUUCACCUGCAACACCCAGCAGCCCGGCUGCAACAGUGUCUGUUAUGACCACUUCUUCCCCAUCUCACACAUCCGUCUGUGGGCCCUCCAGCUCAUCCUGGUGUCCACCCCGGCACUGCUGGUGUCCAUGCAUGUGGCCCACCGCCGACACAUCGACAAGAAGCUUUACAAACCACCCGGGCGCACCAGCCCCAAGGACCUGGAGCAGAUCAAAACCCAGAAGAUGAAAAUCACAGGUGGCCUGUGGUGGACGUACAUCAUCAGCCUGUUCUUCCGCAUUAUAUUUGAAGUGACCUUUAUGUAUUUAUUCUACAUGAUCUACCCUGGCUACAAGAUGAUUCGGCUGGUCAAGUGUGACUCAUACCCCUGCCCCAACACGGUGGACUGCUUUGUGUCCAGGCCCACAGAGAAGACUGUCUUUACUGUGUUUAUGCUGGCUGUGUCUGGGAUUUGCAUCCUACUUAACAUUGCAGAGGUAGUAUUCUUGGUAGCAAAGGUCUGCAGUAAGCACUUAAGCAAUCCUGGAGACUCAAAUAUGGGAGCAUGGAUCACCCGAAAGCUCUGCUCCUUCUAGAAAAAACUAAACAGACAAUGACUGGAUUACUGUAAUUGGGCACAACAUGCUCAAGGUGAAGACUUAAACAAUGAUGUGUGCACACAUUUUCUAUUCUUGUUGAAAUUACACUUUAAAUAUGACUGGAAGGACCAUUUCGAUUUCAAAAUACAUCACACCACAGAAAAGGAGACUGAAGAAAAUAAUGAAAAUUGCAAUAUCAACAGUAAUAUUCCAUAUAUAAUAAUUUUACCGUAUUAUCUCUUCUUUGUUUAGCUUUAAAUGUUGAUAAACUAUUAUUUACAUGGUACAGUGAUGGUAACACAACAGUGAUAUACCAAAAUGCAGCUGGCCGUAAAGCAUUUCACAAAGUGCAUGUAAUCGGUUUCUUGUGACAGAGGUGAUUGUUUAUGUUAGACAUUUGAAAAUGGGGCUGAUCUGAAAAUGCAAGAACAAAUGGCUUGCCACUCUGAUUAGGAUUGUGACUAUGUUUGCCCACCACUGAAAAUAUUGUAAAGGACAAUUCCUUGCAUAUUUUGUAUUGUUAUUUCAAGGCUUUUAUUGACAGAGGGAACCACAGGGAGAAAGGUGCAUAGGAGACAUUGGUGAAAGAUAGAGAUGGGUAUUGAACCCAGGUUUCUGGCAGGGAGCUGCAUUAGUGAAUGAAGCUGGGAGUUCGACCACUGGACCACAGAUGCACACUGAAAGAAAGUGUUUUAAUGAAACAUUAUAGCAAAUAACACUGGUUGCUGUUAAUAAAAUAAUAAAAUAAUUUAUUUGAGCGAGUUUUAGCAAAGCCCAAAUGAAUUGUUAAAAUUGUUAAAAGUACAGGUUUAAAAAAAUAUAUUUUACUGAUAGUUUCAAAAUGUUGACUGACUGCAGAUUUUAGGGUGAAAGGUGUAAGCGGGACGUUUCUCUCUGCCCAUUUGAUCUGAAUGAAUGGUGCGUCAUGUCAACAGCAUCAACAGUGCCUUCGGACAUUAUACUUGUCAAACAUGACAGGCUAUUUGGCAUAUCAACAUUUCUUUGGGAAUAGUAGUACUGUAAUUAAGGACGGCUCAUCUUCCACUUGUUGCACUUAAGGACAAUUCUGGGACAUAAAAGUCUCAAACUCUGGAUGUAGUUUCUAUUUGGUAAGAUUGACAAUUACUAGUUUCAUCAUGCAAAAAACAUGAUAAAAACCUAAAAUAUGUGUAUUUUAUAUCAUUAUUUGUAUACUGCAUCAUAAACAUUUUGAAAAGCAGAUUGCUCCCUUUGAUGCUUGUUGUCUGCUGCUGGCACUGACCAUAGACUGAUGGGACACACAGGAGAUUGAGCUCAUGGUUGACCAACACGUCUGGCCAUUAACCCAGAGUGGCAUCGAGUGUGCCACAAAGCCAAGUGGUCACGCUGAUAUCUACAUUCAUAAACACAGUGGUGCUACAGUUACUGUUACUGGUGGUCCUAAUCAUUGUUUGCAAGUAAAAAUCUUGAGGGUGAAUUUUCAUUUUCCUUCAAUAAUAACACUUUUGGAACAUUAUUAUAAUUAAACAGCCUUAAUGGGGCACUGCAUUCAACUGUCGUACAAUAUAACAAUGUGGCAAUUAACAGCAAAAUCACUAGCCUAUGUCAAUCUCCUACAGUGUAAAAUAAAAAGUGAACAUGUGUCAAUACUAAUAAUGUGUCGGUACUAAUUAAAAAUAAAACCAUU